AUGGUCAAGAAAGGACAAUCAUCAAAAGGUGGGCCAAAACCAGGUACAUCUGCCGGUAAAAAUAAAGCGUCAACAACACCCGCUGCAGACGAUAGCUUUAUAGUAUUCUCGAAUUCGGAUAAAGAGCCAAAGCAAAGAAAGCCGCCAACUCAAGGACAAGAUGGGCCCGAUCCAUUGGGUGAGGCGCCAAAGAGACCGGAUGUUAAGAAAUUGAUUGGUGGACAAUCAUGGACUGGAAAGUUGCCCGUCAAUUUACUUUCGGAACAUUGUCAAAAGCAAAGAUGGGAGAAACCAGAAUAUACUAUGAUCAAAACUCCGGAAGGGUUCUCCUCAAUGGUAAUCCUGAAAGCUAAGAAUACGAAAACUCAAGAACUUGUGUCGCUAGCCCCCUUUAAAUUACCACCUUCGCAUAAGCACCUUGCAGUCAAACCUACAGCUCUUGAGGCUAGACAUUUCGCUGCCACAUAUGGUCUCUUUCGGGUUCUCAAUAUGCGAAACAUUCAUAUGACACUUCCACCUGAUUAUCGAGAUUUAUGGAAGGGUGAGUUUGAAGUUUUGAAGAAAGAGGAUAUCAAGGAAGGAAAAGCAUGGAUGUAUGAGGCAGAUCCAUUUGCUGCGUUGAGGGAAAGAGAAGAUGCAAAAGCUGCAAUGGAAAAAAAGCGGAACGAACAACAAAAAGCUAGGGAAAAGGCUAUGAAUACACCAGGAUCAGCAGGUCCAGGAGGUGCAGGAUUGGCAUUACGUGGUAAUGGAAGCAAUGGUACAAAUUCAACUGGAGGGGGAUCAUCACAUAACAAUAUUCACAGAGGGUGGACCAAGGUACCUAAAAUCGAGAUGGGUAAACGUACGCGAACGAAAGUCGAAAGUUUAGUAAGAAAACAUGCUAUUUGGAACCCACACGAUGUUAUGUUAUCCGACUUCCAGAAGCAUUCAAUUGUGAAAGAAUUCAAGACUCUUGACUUCAGGCAGAGUCAUAUCGAGGAAGCUGUGGAUAUAUGCAAAGAUAGAGAGGAGACACUCGAAUGGCUACUGAUCCAUGUUCCAGAGGAUGAUCUACCAAGAUGGGCAUUGCCGGAAGGAUAUGUUGCUGGCAUUAGUAUGGCAAGUAGUGACUUGAAGCGUGAAGGUGCUAUCAAGAGAUUGGCCGAAGCUGGGUAUUCAAUCGAGCUUUGCAAGCAAAUCUACGAUAUUCAUAACGAUGAAGGAAAAGCUUCUGAGGCUUUACAACACAUACUCUUGUCGAGUGGAAAAGAUGUCGAACCCGUUCCAAGCGAGGAAUCCUGGGAUACUGAAGAUGCCAAAGAAUCUUCAGAAGAAAUUUGGGAAGAGGAAAUGACUGGCCUUCAAUCGGUCUUUGGGGAAAAAUUUUCACGUCCAUCGAAAGAUGUUUGCAGAAUUAAAAUUAAACCAGCAAAUCGCAGAACAAAUCUUCCUGUCGAACCUAUCAUCCAAUUUCGUCGAUCUUCCGAGUAUCCACAAAAAGUUCCGGUCAUAUCUGUUCACGUUCAAUUGCCAGCAUAUAUUCGUUUGAGCAUUAUGAAGCAGGCGUUGAAUUAUGCCAUGGAUAGUUUACUGGGUGAACACAUGUUAUUUUUCCUUAUAGACUGGGUGGAACAAAAUCUUUAUAGUAUCAUUGAAAGACCCGGAAAGCUUAGCGAUGUUUCAGCUGCUGCAUCGAUAGUCAGCGAAAUUCAGCCAGUUCGUCGGAGAAGACAGAAUAUCUCAAGACACCCUAGAGCGAUUAAAUGGAUUGCCAACAUUAAAAGCAAGGAUGAAUGGAAAAGUCGACAACUAAAUCCGAAGUUGGAAUCUAUGAUCAAAGGUCGAAGAACUCUACCCGCGUGGGAAAUGAAGGAUAUUAUCGUGGAUACCGUGAAUUCUCACCAAGUUACCAUUAUCUCGGGUGAAACUGGUUCUGGUAAAUCAACUCAAUCGGCUCAAUUUAUCCUGGAUGACAUGUAUCAACGAGCAUUUGGAGAUUGUGCGAAGAUUAUUUGUACGCAACCUAGACGUAUUUCUGCCUUGGGACUGGCGGACCGUGUUAGUGAUGAGCGAUGUUCUGCCGUUGGUCAAGAGGUUGGAUACAUUAUUCGGGGAGAGUCAAAGGCAUCACCGAAUACCAAGAUUACCUUUGUGACUACAGGUGUACUUUUAAGGCGAUUGCAAACAUCUGGAGGAAGUAGUGAUGAUGUAGUGGCAUCUCUUGCAGAUGUUAGUCAUGUUAUCAUCGAUGAAGUUCAUGAGAGAUCUUUGGAUACAGAUUUCUUGCUUGUUUUGUUACGGGAUGUUCUUCGCCAACGAAAAGAUUUGAAAUUAAUCUUGAUGAGUGCCACUUUGGAUGCUGGCAUUUUCGAAGAUUAUUUCAAGAGUGGUGGAAAAGUUGGUAGAGUCGAGAUUAGUGGUCGCACAUAUCCAGUGGAAGACUACUAUCUUGACGACGUUAUUCGAAUGACCAAUUUUAAUCCAGGCUUUGGUAGUAAGUACCAGGAAGACAAUCAAGAAACAUCUGGUAUGGAUCAGGACGUUGCAGCUGCCAUUCAAAGUAUUGGUAUGAGAAUCAAUUAUGAUUUGAUCAGUCAAACUGUCAAAGAGAUUGAUGCUGAAUUGACUCAUCUGAAACAAGAUGGUGGAAUUCUCAUCUUCAUGCCAGGUCUGGUUGAAAUCACUCGAACACUGGAUUACUUGAAGACCAUACCGAAUUUACAUGCACUACCAUUACACGCAUCUCUGCAAUCAUCAGAUCAAAGAAAGGUAUUCCCACAUGCUCCGUAUGGCAAACGUAAAGUUAUCGUUGCCACGAAUGUUGCCGAAACCUCAAUUACAAUUGAUGAUAUCGUCGCAGUCAUAGAUACUGGUCGUGUUAAGGAGACUAGUUAUGAUCCUCAAAAUAACAUGCGUAAAUUGGAAGAAGUAUGGGCUUCACGUGCUGCAUGUAAACAAAGAAGAGGUAGAGCAGGUCGUGUUCAAGCAGGAAAAUGUUACAAGUUAUACACACGAAAUGCCGAGACAUCGAAAAUGAUGGAGAGACCUGAACCUGAGAUUAGACGAGUACCAUUGGAACAAUUAUGUUUAUCUGUACGAGCUAUGGGAAUCAAGGAAGUUGGAUCAUUUUUAGCAAGUGCCAUUACUCCUCCUGAGAGUAUAGCUGUUGACGGUGCUAUGGAUUUAUUGGGAAGAAUGGGUGCCCUUGAUGGUGAUGAUCUUACUGCUUUAGGUCGGCAUCUUUCAAUGAUCCCUGCUGACCUUCGUUGCGGUAAACUAAUGGUUUACGGAGCUAUGUUUGGUUGUUUGGAUGCCGCUGUCACAAUCGCAGCUAUCUUGACCGUCAAAUCACCUUUUGUAUCACCGCAGGAUAAAAGAGAAGAGUCAAAAUCUGCAAGGGCAAAGUUCGCUAAAAAUCAGGGUGAUUUGAUUGGUGACCUCCGAGCUUUUGAAGAAUGGUUUGAGAUGAUUAACAAUAGAAAUUAUCGACAAGGAGAAAUUCGAAAUUGGUGCAACGAUAAUUUCCUCUCAUAUCAAACACUCAAUGAUAUAUCCUCAAAUCGAACUCAAUACCUUACGUCACUACGUGAAAUAGGUUUCAUUCCAUCAUCAUCGAUUCUUCCUCCAGCUUUAUCAGCAAAAUCAUCAAACAAUGCUCUCAUUCGAUCCCUUUGCGCAGGAGCUUUUAAUCCUCAACUUGCACGUAUCGAUUUCCCAGAUAAGAAAUUUGCGGCCUCUGUCUCCGGUGCUGUGGAAUUAGAUCCGGAAGCAAAGACGAUCAAAUACUUCAAUCAAGAAAACGGACGUGUUUUUGUUCAUCCAAGUAGUACAAUCUUUGAUGCACAAACCUUCCCUGGUAACAGCAAAUAUAUGAGUUAUUUCAAUAAAAUGGCGACGAGUAAAGUAUUUAUUAGAGAUCUUACACCUUUUAACGCAUAUACGGCACUUUUAUUCUCUGGACCAAUUACAUUAGAUACAUUGGGUAGAGGUCUUUUGGUAGAUGGUUGGUUACGACUGAGGGGCUGGGCACGUAUCGGUGUUUUAGUUAGUAGAUUGAGAGGAAUGUUGGAUGAUGUUUUAGCAAAGAAGAUUGAUGAACCUGGAAUGGAUUUGUCCGGGAAUGAGGUAGUGGAAGUUGUAUUGAGGCUGGUGGAGUUGGAUGGAAUGGAUCAGUAA